CGCUCUGCGGGGCCGGGGACGGGGCCGGGGCCUGCGCGGCGACGGGGGAGCGGCGCCCCAGAGCCGCGCCGCGCCGCUUCCUGCCGCUAUAAAUAGCCGCCCGGCCCAACAUGUCCCGGCCGCCGCAGCGGCUGGAGCGCCGGCGGGAGCUGCCGUCCCCUCCCGCCGCGUAGCUCGCCCGGAGCGCGGUUUCUUAGCAAGACCAGACGGAGCUCAGCCUUCCAUCAUGCCCGUGCCUCCCCCUCCAGCUCCCCCCCCCCCCCCAACUCUGGCCUUGGCAAAUACUGAAAAGCCAUCCCUAAGCAGGUCAGAACAAGCAGGGCGAAAUGCUCUAUUAUCUGAUAUUACCAAAGGAAAAAAGCUAAAGAAGACUGUUACUAAUGACAGAAGUGCUCCGAUUCUAGACAAACCCAAAGGACCUGGUGGAGGUGGCGGUGGGGGCUUUGGAGGAGGCGGCGGUGGCAGCAGCGGCGGGGGUUUUGGUGGUGCCGGUGGUGGCAGCUUCGGUGGUGGAGGACCACCUGGCCUUGGAGGCCUUUUUCAAGCAGGAAUGCCAAAGCUCAGAUCUGCUGCAAGUCGAGAUGCCGAUGCCGGGGGAGGCCGCCCGCCCGCCCUGCCGCCCGGAGGCCGCUCCGCAGCCGCCAAGCCCUUCUCUCCGCCGACCGGCCCGCCGCGCUUCCCGGGGCCGCCCUCGGGGCCGCGGACCUCCGCUCCCGAGCCGCAGAGGAGCCGCAUGCCGCCGCCGAGACCCGACGCCGGCUCCAAGCCCGAGGCCGCGCCGCCGCCGGUGCCCAGCACCCCCCGGCCCGUCGCCUCCAGCCUGCACAACAGGGGGUCGCCGCCGGUGCCGGGCGUGAGCCGGCAGCCCAGCCUGGGGCCCUCGCCCCCGCCGUUCCCGGGCGGCCGCAGCGCGGGGCCGGCCGGGUCCCUCCGGCAGCCCGGCCCCGGCGCGGCGACCCCCUUCUCCGGCCGGCCGCCGCUGCCGCCCACCCCGGGCCGGCCGGCGGAGGACAAGCCGCCGCCCCCGCCGCCCCCCGCCGGGCACCGGCCGCCGGCCGCCCGGGAGGCGGCUCUGCCCCCGCCGCCGCCGCAGAACAGCAAGCCGCCCGUGCCCUCCGCGCCCCGGCCCGGCCUCGGCGCCCCGGCGCCCCCGCCGCCCCCCAGCCGGCCGGGGCCGCCCCCCGUCCCGCCCGUCCCCGGCGGCAGCGACGAGAUGCCGCGGCUGCCCCAGAGGAACAUCUCGCUGGGGUCCUCCUCGGCCCCCGCGGCGGCGGCGGGGGGGGGGCGCUCCGGACCCCUGCCCCCCCCGCCCAGCGAGAGGCCCCCGCCGCCCGUCAGAGACCCCCCCAGCCGAUCAGGUCCGCUCCCUCCACCUCCUCCCAUAAGCAGGAAUGGAAGCACUUCACGGGCUUUGCCCGCUGCUCCCCAGCUGCCCUCCCGGGCAGGGCUGGACAACCAGAGAGGCGGACCACGACCACCGCUUCCCCCUGACCGGCCGGGCUCGGCAGCACCGCCGCCACCACCACCACCUUCAUCAGCUGUCAGAAACGGCUUCCAGGAUCCAGGGGAUGAUGAAUGGGAAAGCAGAUUUUCUUUUCAUCCGAUAUCUGAUUUGCCACCUCCAGAGCCAUAUGUACCUGUGAACAGGAGUUAUCCCAGUAAACUAGCAAGAAAUGAAAGUAGAGGUGGCUCUGGCCGAAAAGAAAGAGGUGCCCCCCCGCUUCCCCCUAUACCAAGUUGCUGGAGAAAACCAUGUAGCCAAGAGUCCCCUGGCUCCUUCUUUGCAUGCCUAACUUGGCCCAUCUGCUUCUGCAAGCCACAGACCUACUACAUGGUGACCAAGAGUUCAUCCUAAACCUUUUCACUUCAGCUUAGCCAAGCAAAUCCUAUUUUAAACAAUAGAUAGCACAUCCCGCCCCGAGGAUGGAUUGUGUCUGGCCUUCCUUUUAUCUGCAGAGAGUCUUUCAAAGAAAAGCACAAGUGAAGAAUUCAGCAGCGUAAAAAUACCUUCUUUUUUAUUUUAUCCCUCUGUCCUUGUUUUUUAAUAGUGUUAUGCUUUUAGUCACCUAAUUCUUUCCUACUCUGAUGCGGACCAACCCACAGUCAUCCGUGUCCUGGAUUAUUGUAAUGCCGUCUACCUGAGACUACAUGUGAAGAGUCCUCAGAAAGUAGUCUUGGUGAAAUGCAGCAAUUAUUGUAGUUGCAGGCUCCUUCUGUAAAGCAUCGCUAACACCAAUGCUCCACAGACUGCUUUCCAGUUGUUUCUUUGGUACAAUUAAAUCAUGGGUUUUGACUUAAAAAUCUUCGCGGGGCUUAGGUCACAAGUCUCAGAGAGACUGUAUUUGACCCGCGUUAUGGUAGAGCAGCUGAGGUAAAAAUGUGCGUAAGUGAAGGCCCUUUGAUGUAGUGAGGGAGGUCUGGGGUUUGUGCGUUCAAGUGGGAGCAUCAGCUCCAAAAUUUGCUGUCUGCACUUGUUCAAGAGAAAUGGGAAGAUUUGGCCUUCUGAGUUUACCAUGAAGCCUGUCCUUUCAAACUUUGUUGAAAGGAAUCUCUGCAGAGAGCUGCAAGGCUUACAUUAAUAGAAGAGAGAGUAAACUAUUCUGACAUUGUGACUAUUGGUUAAUAUGUUUAAUGGCUUUUGAAUUUUGUAUAUGAGAAAAGCGUUCAUUGUAUGAGUGCAUUUUACAAAUGGAUCUAAAUGCAUAUAAAAUGCCUUUGGAAAUUAGAAGAAGAUUAUAAUUGUGGAUUUGAAAUAUUGCUGAAUGAUAGCUCUUUGUUAAUUGGGCGUCUGAAGGUUAGCUCUGAAAAAUUUCUCCUGUCUCGUCAACAGUUUCUGUUUCUUCAACAUACUCCUUGGGAUCCCUGUAUCAAGCUUGUAUCAGCAGCCAUGCUCAAAAAAAAAAACCCACCAAAAACCAAACCAAAACAAAAACUAGUCAUGUAGGUUAAGAAAAUGUUUCUUUAGCAUGGGAGACAUGAUCCUAAGUACGCUCUGCGGCUAGAAUGAGGUCAGUCCUUGAAAAUCUAUGGAAUUUAGCCGAAGAGAGUCUGGACCCCACUGAAGCGUUUGUGCGUAGGGCUUUUUGCUCUGUCAGUCGGCAGGGAGGGACAGAUCCCCUUUCUGCCCGACAGCCUGGACAGCCACAGUGAAGGGGAUGAGACAGAGUUGGGUUUGGCCAGAUCAGAUUUAAUUUGGCCUUUUCAGUGUUUGUUUACAAAAUCUUGUUAGCUGUGAUAGCAUUUGAUUACGUACCUGGUUUUUACAUUUUUAUAUCUAAUGACCUAUAUUAAGUUACUAUUUAUGGUCUUGAACCUGCAAUUAAAUGCGCAGGCGCAGGGAUGUAUCUACAUCUAAUUGCAGGAUCGUGGCUGUAAGGGUUUCUUAAACAGAUAUUAGUGGGACCUCCAUGUGACAGGUGCACCUUGGGAUCAGACCUAGCGCAAUACUGAAUUUGUAUAUGUAUUUUAUGGAUGUCACUUAAAGUGCCUGUCUCUUUGGGAUAUUAUUAUGUGAAUAGGAGACCAAAUAAGAUUUUUAGGAUAGUAACUUAAAGGAUAAAUUAUUGUAUUCAUGUUUUUAAACUGAAGCACUUAAUAACUUUCUAAGGAACAACAUUUUGAAUUUAAGAAUACAAUAUUUUCAGUACCUUGGCCUGCCAAAUCCUUAUUAAUAUCCCCAUAGCUAUGCAGCCAAAAAAAACCACCAAACCUCCAGAAACUAUACCUUUUUUGUAACUUACCUGCUUCCAGCAUGACUGUUUUACUUUGUGUAAGUCAAUGAAAAUGCUGCACAUUGUUCUGCCAACUCCCUGCAUCGUUCAAAAUACCCUAUAUUUGAUGUUUCGAGCAAGGUUUUCUGACUAGAAAUUCUGGACCACUACCAAAGACUUGGCAAACCAGCUUCAGUCUCACUUUAAAAAGUGCUGUGUAAAAGGCCCUCAGUCAACAAGCCAAGAAACCCGAGCUGCUUGGGUUUUAGCACUUAUUUGUACUAUAGAAACCUCUUCAGAAUGGAUGUUUGGCAUAUAUGUAAAAUAGCUUAACAAUGCAGAAGGAGGUAUUUUUUUCACCUAACAACAACUUACUAUUUAUAUCUUUUGCUAUAAAAGUCCCUAGAUAUAUUCCAGAACAAUGCAGCAUUUUAUCAUUCAGUAUAUUGCUUCAUAUAUCAGUAGCUAUUUACAGUAAGAUCAGUAUUAAAGUAUUUAUUUCACUAUGUAGUGUUAAAAAGAAGAAUACAAAACAGAUUGAAUCAAUGGUGCCUUAUGACUUUUUUAGUCAACUUUUCUGUCUCACUAGAAAAAUGAAUAGGUGUUGCUCUUCCAAGUCCAAAUGUAAAUAGUGCCGACAGUAGCAUUAUACAGCGUUCGAGCCAAGUCCUGCUGUUGCAAUGCGCUCAGUCUGCUAACUUCAGAUUGAGCUCGGUGUAUGGAGAGACUAUUGGAUCAGUCUUUAGGUGAGGUGUAAGCAGGCACUGGUUAGCCUCACAAUCAGUUGUUGGUAUCGCUCUGGAAAUUUAACCUUUUCCCAAAACCAGUGUCUCACGCUGCUGUCCAUACAGCCUGGCUGAGUUCAGCGUGGUUGCAGAGGUUAUUAGAGGACUAAAUUUGAUUCACUGCUUGCACAGAAGAUUUACUGGGUUUGUUUCAAUGGCAUUGUAUUGUAAACCUUCAGACCUCAAACUACCUUUUUAUGUCAUCACUAAGACUCACAUUGCGUGACAAUGGCCACAGAUGUUCAUUUUUGUUUAAUUCAAGUCAGUAAAUAAAGUGGGAAUAACUUUUGUA